GACAGGAGCAGCUUGACGUUUCAAACCACAUUUCUCUCACUGGAGUCAGGUGUGAGCUACAGAUCUACCAUCUGACUUCUUUGAAGGCACCUGUUGAGACGGGACCGGAGUUGCACUUUCCUCUAGGACCUGACCCGUCUUCUGUUGCUCUCUUUCUUCCUCUGACAAGCAGCCAUGGGCUCUCUGGUGUGGGGCUGCUUCACCGACUUCUUCACCUACGAGACGACCAAGUCUGUGGUGGUGAAGAGCUGGUCUGUGGGCAUCAUCAACCGGGUCGUACAGGUUCUCAUCAUCUCAUAUUUUGUCGGAUGGGUUUUUAUCCAAGAGAAAGCUUAUCAGGUGACGGAAAACAGCGUUGAGUCCUCUGUGAUGACCAAAGUGAAAGGAUUUGGUUACCAUAACAAGCAUGUUAUGGAUGUGGCUGACUAUGUCAUACCCCAACAGGGUGCAGCUAUCUUCUGCAUCUUAACCAAAGUCAUCAUCACAGAAAAUCAGUUUCAAGGAAAAUGUCCAGAGCAUGGAAAAGCAUAUAGCUGUAGCAAAGAUGAAGACUGCUACAGACAUUUUGGCAGCAUCCUUAGCAGUGGAGUAAUAACAGGUGUUUGCACCAAUCAUUCCAUUGGAAAUGAGACAGUGGGUCGGUGUGAGAUUGAUGGAUGGUGUCCAUCCGAGAAUGACAAAGUUAAAAUUAAACCGAUGCUAGACGUGAACAACUUCACCAUCUUUAUCAAAAACAGUGUUCGCUUUCCUCUCUUUGAUGUCACCAGAGGGAACUUUCCCUCCACAAUGAACUCCUCAGAAAUCAAAAACUGCAAAUACCAUCCGGAUAAGAGCCCCUACUGCCCCAUCUUUCUAGUGGGAGACAUACUGAACUACACCAACCAGAACAUGGCAAAUCUGGCAGACAAGGGAGGAGAAAUAGGAAUAAACAUUCAGUGGCAUUGUAAUCUGGACUUUGACAUUGAAAAAUGUUUACCGAAGUACGCAUUCACACGUCUGGACAAACCUUUUGAGAAGAAUGCCGUCUCUACUGGCUACAACUUCAGAUAUGCCAAAUAUUACAAGACAGAAAAUGGGACCGAGUUCCGGACACUUCACAAAGCUUAUGCCAUCCGCUUUGAUGUUAUAGUCACUGGAAAAGCAGGAAAGUUUGACACAAUCCCAACGCUGAUCAACUUGGUUGCUGCCUUCACCUCUGUUGGACUGGGUACGGUUCUUUGUGACAUUAUCUUGCUGAACUUCUUGAAAGGGGCAGAACAGUACAAAGCCAAGAAGUUUGAAGAGGUGUCGGACGCUCAGAUAGAAGCUUCCCUUGCUCAUAGUCCGGUCAGCCAGCUGUCACUCAAAGGAGGUAUCAAGAGCUCCUAUGACUCUGGAGCCAUUUCCCUCGCUACUUCUGACCAACCUAUGUGACCGACGACCACAACAGCAGCUAUCUGAAGACUUUCCUCUCUCUUUCUCCUUUAUAAACAUAUAACUAAAUAUUCAUUACGCAUUUUUAUAGUUGCCUUGCAGUUUGAUUUUGGGUAAAGAAGGACAAUGUUGCUACCAUCUGUAUAGUUUUGCAACAUAAAAAGUUGGAGUGAGAAGAUAAUAAUUAUUGCCUUUAGCUCAUAACAAUAACUUUAACUACCUGGAUGGCAAAACUCAAGCAAAAAUUCAAGAUGAAUGGCUAACUUUUAGAAAAAGCUUGGUUAAAACUGCAGUCAUUAAACUCAGUGGAAAAAAUAGAGUAGAACACAUUAUUUAAUUGUAAACAGUUUCCUUUUACUAGACAUUUUACAGAUACACUAAAAUGCAACCUCCUGUAUGACAGUCAAAAAUAUUCACCCUAUUUCACAUUUCUUGCUGGCAUUUGCUUUAAUGAGAUUUUAUGCGAAAAACAUGUUUGUUACAAAA